GAUGCGCUCGAGGCCGUCAACGACCUCGGCCAGGUGCUGAAGGCCAAGGGCGACCUCGACGGCGCGGAGGUGCUGCUUCGCAAGGCGCUCGAGGGGAGCCGAGAGACGCUCGGCGAUCGGCACCCGCGCACUCUUGAGUCGAUGCUUACCCUCGGCUCGCUGCUGGAGGAGAAGGGCGACCUGGACGGCGCGGAGGCGCUGCUUCGCGAGGCGUUGGAGGGGCGGCGAGAGACGCUCGGCGACCGGCACCCGAGCACGCUCGCCUCGAUCGGCAGCCUCGGCUCGCUGCUGCAGGACCAGGGCGACAUGGACGGCGCGGAGGCGCUGCUUCGCGAGGCGCUAGAGGGGAACCGAGAGACGCUCGGCGACCGGCACCCAAACACGCUCAUCUUGAUCUUCCGCCUCGGCUCGCUGCUGGAGGAGAAGGGUGACCUGAACGGCGCGGAGGCACUGCUUCGCGAGGCGCUGGAGGCGUGCCGAGAGACGCUCGGCGACCGGCACGAGAACACGCUCGGCUCGAUCAACAACCUGGGCGGGCUGCUGAAGGCCAAGGGCGACCUGGACGGAGCGGAGGCGUUGCUUCGAGAGGAUCUGGAGGGAUGCCGAGAGACGCUCGGAGACAGGCACGAGAGCACGCUCGGCUCGAUCAUGGGCCUCGGCUCGCUGCUAGAGAAGAAGGGCGACCUGGCAGGCGCGGAGGCGCUGUAUCGCGAGGCGUUGGAGGGGCGGCGAGAGACGCUCGGCGACCGGCACCCGGACACGCUCAUCUCGUUCAGCAACCUGGGCUCGCUGCUGCAGGACCAGGGUGGCCUGGACGGCGCGGAGCCGCUGCUUCGCCAGGCGCUGGAGGGGAACCGAGAGACGCUCGGCGACCGGCACCCGGACACGCUCAUCUCGAUCUUCCGCCUCGGCUCGCUGCUGGAGGAGAAGGGCGACCUGAACGGCGCGCAGGCGCUUCUUCGAGAGUCGGUGGAGGCGCAUCGAGAGACGUUUGGUAGCCGGCACGAGGGCACGCUC